GGUCUCAGGCAUCUUCUAAAAAUCUGAUGCAGAUCUUGUAACUUUAAACCUGGUUUGAGAUCAUAAUUUUAGUGCUGGCCAAACAGAGUGCAGAGGGCGGGCCUGACUCUUUUUUUCAAGACCACCUUAGAUAGCCUCCCACCCCUGAGUUAAAAAAAAAAAUGCUGACUCCAUUCUCAGUUACUUUUCUUUAGCUAUACAGUUAUCACGCUGGGAAAACCUAUCCCUCUAGCUACUGCAGUCAAAGAAAUAUUUGGAACCCCAAAGUUUUUCCACAGUGAUUUCUGCUUGUGAGUUCAACUUUCCCCCACCCUGUCUCUAAAAUAAUCAGAAUUUGGAAUAGUUUAAUCCCAGGAUUGGAAACAGAACUAUCAAAGAUGUUUAUUCAAACUCAACUCCUCAUCUUCCUCCUAGGGAGCAUGCCCUUCAGGGCAUUUGCUGAAGAAGCAAGCACAGUUCCACUGGAAGAUGAAACAGUAUCAAUCGAUUUCAAAGACAGAAAUGACUCAGAGGUUGAAGAAAGGCCAACUCUGUUGCCUACAAGACUGCAUACCAUAACAGACCUGUUCCCCUUAGAAGAGCUAAUGACCACAGAAAGUGCGGUUGCCGAUAAUGAAGACAGUGAGAACUCUACUGAUCCAGAUGUUGUUGAAAAUUCUGAAGACAAAAUGGGUGGCGAGUCAGAGACUCCAAAGGAGAAAGAUGGCCUGGCAACAGUUGCACUGGUUGGAAUAAUCGUUGGAAUCAUAAUAGCAGUGGGAAUCGUUACUGGAAUCAUCAUUGCCGUCGUGAGGAAAAUGUCGGGCAGGUACUCGCCCUAAAAAUAAGUGAAGAAAGAGAUCAUGUCGUUUUAAGCCAGAAAAUAAAAGUGCUUCCUAUUUUACAACUGCUAGAGACUCUGUUCCUGUAUCGCCGAGAGAUGAUCCAUGGAAAUCGUGAAUGCAGAAUUCCAAAUCCAUGGGGAUCCCACACAGCUUUCCGAAGGGAUGCUUUACAGACUUAUCAGAAAUGCAACGAUUCAUAGGACUUUGAUAAUCAAAAGUAUUUAAGAGGAAUGAAAAAAAAUGCUAUAGAAAAAAGCAGAGCCACAUGCAUCUGAAAGGUGCUUUAUAGGUAGUAUAAAUACAAUUGUAGAUAGGUGUUAAACCAUGCCAGGAAAAAGUCAUCAUCUCACAUUACAUCCUAUUGGUUCCUCUGAAAAGUUAAAUCCAGAUUCUUUUCUCUUCUAAGCCCACUGUGAAGUCAGAAAGUCCUUCACUGCUAUAGAUGUUUAAAACCACCAGUCCUUGUAGGAUGUUGAUCUACUGAAUCUGUAUUGUUUAGCAAGGUAAGAAAGUAACUUCAUCCUAACCAUCCAGAAUUGACUUCAGAAGGAGACAACUGUAUUUAAAUUAUGUAAGCAAAUUGCAUUCAUGGCCUGGCACUUCAAUCAUUCUGGUCAGGAUGCUGCACUUCUAUACAGAAAAACAUGGUGGGCCCAGCUGGAACUGACCUACCAACUCAUCUUUCUGACUGUUGUGCCAAGAUCUUCUGUCUUCUCUGUUGCAGAGAUGUGCAGGGAUUGGAAUACACAUCCUAACUUAAGCAAUGCUAAGAAAAUACCCACUUUUGAUGGGUCAUCGUAACCUACUACUCAACAAGAGUUGGAUUUGAUGUGUAGACGACGUCUGAAUCAGUAAAUGGCAUUCUUUUUAUACCUUUUUUUUCCCUUUUCUUUUUAACUGCAUGGCAGGCUGAGUUUGGCCACACACUGUGCAACAUCAGAUCACUGCACAUAUUAUUGAGGUGUAACACUUCUCUGGACACAACAUAAUUUUUACCAAGGCAUACAUGAUGCAAUGGGACAGGAUGUGACUGAGAUUUCAAAGUAAAAGGCUUUAAGUUCCAAAUGGCUGCAAAAUAUCAUGUUUAGUAAGUGCCUACUCUGAAAUCCACUUCUGCAGAGUGGACUAAACAUGCCAACUUUUCCAGAUUUGCUCUUCUAUUUCCUUUGUCUGCCACGAUCUAUCAUAUAGAGCUGAGCUUUGGAAAUAAAAAAAUAUGGUGUAUCUUAUAUCAGAUUGUGCAACAGUUAGUCUUUAUUUUCUUUUAUACUACACACAAAACCACUUAAAUUCUUACCUUUCUGAAUCUUUCUUCCUUCUGUUACUGUCUCUCUGUCCUGGAUUCUUUUUGUCUUUUACAGACUUUGGUACAUUUCUUUCAUUAAAAAAUCAAGUGUAUUUAAAAACGUCUAUAUUCCAGUCUAGAUACACUCAUGAGAAAAAAUGAUUUAGAAACAGUUUGCAGUGCAAGACUUGAACUUGUACAUCAGUGAAUCCUGAUCUCUGGUGACUAUGAUGAGCUCACAAAGUAUAGAGAGACUAGGAGAUGAAAGAGAAAUUCUAGUGAUCAGCAAACAUUUUAAUUUAGCAAACUUCAAGUUUAGGGCAUUUUAUUAUGGCCUCCAUCACGUUCAGCCCUGUGUUUCGUCAACCUGAGCUUGUGCAAACUUUUCUAUCUAGAGAAGGGCCCAAACUGAAAAAAAAUAAAAAUCAAAUCUGGAUCUGGGGGUUGGGAUGUUUUGAUACAGGCUUUUGCUCUGGCCCAUUUACAGAGUUCAAUUUACAGACCUGGGAUUUAAAAAAAAAAAAAAAUCUCAGAAUUCAGACAUGUUUGGAUACAGGGUUUUGGUUUGGGCCUGUAUCUUUAAAUCUAUUUGCUUCCGCAGCCACUGAGAGGACAUUUGUAAUAUCAAAAGUGGAAUGUAACAUUCUCUUCUUUAUCAACAACUAAUUAUAAAGGAUGAACUUCACCCCUGUACGGAGUCAGUUCAAGGCCUAUGCACCACAAGUCUCACUUAAGGCCUAAUUUGAAGACUUAAAUGGGAUUUAAGUGAUGCAUAGGCUUCAUGCUGGCCCUCUACACAGGGAUGAAGUUCCCUCCAACUAAUGGUACCAGAAUAUCUUUAAAGUUUGAGGAACCUGACUUAGAAUAAAAUGGAAUAUGCCUUCCUGGCUUCAUUUUGGGUGACUGUUCUCAUAAAAAUAUAAUUAAGAGCUGUACAUUUAAAGUGAGCUGUUUCUAUGAUGGACAAGGUGGAAUUUACAGUUGCCUGCAUAGGAUGGUGAUAAGCAUAAAACUGAAUUAUUACUGUUCAUUUGUUGUUAAUUAAAGACUACUGCUAUGCAAUGUAAUUCAACUAUCAGAGUGUUGAUGCCCUAAUAUUAAUCUGUUGUAAUGUAAAAGGAUAUUUUUCUAUAGCUAUGGAAUACAUUCAUGAAAAAAUACAUUCCUACUUCACUUCAA